UUCCAGCCUGCGAAUGGGUGCGCCCGGUCAGGAAGAAGGCUGGAGCUGGGGCUCCCCUGUGGCACCCCCCACCCCAAUCCUCAUGCUUCAGUGUGACAAUGGCCCUGUUGGUCCACGGAAGCUUCAGACUAUGGUAUCCCUGGCAACUGGUUCCCUAGCAACCAGUCUCUCCAGCACAUCCCCUGGGAAGACCAUGCCUCUGUGUCGGCUCUCCCUGCUCUUCCUGGCAUGGCUGUCUGCCAGCCGGGCCCAGCUGAAGCGGCAGAGAGUUGGUGAACUGGAGCCGGCUCUGGGGAGCAUGCAGGAGUCUGCCUGCUCCUUCGGAGGCGGCACGCGGGGGGACGGCGGCCCCACCCAGGAGCCCUUUGUGCUGCUGCCCUGGGCUCUGCUCCUGGCCCUCUCGGGGUCCUCCGUGAUUUACCUCCUGUUUGCCAAAGAGCACGGGGAGGGCGCCUUGGCAGUGAGAGACCGUUUUUGGCCCCUGGCACAAAUUUCAUCUUGGUUGAAAGACCGGAGUCUCCUGUCCCUCUUCGGAGACACUCCCGAGGUUGAGGAUGCCGGCAGGGACGCCGACGCCCAGCUGGAGGAGACGCUGCUGCGCGAUGUCUCGGGAGUGCUUCACAUCAUCCGGUUGCGGCUGUGGAAAAUUGUGCGAGACAGACGGAAACACCAGCAGCUGCUGCACGAAACCCACUGAGGGGCAGGGCGGAAGCUGCCCCGUGGCUUGAGAAGGAGGCGCCUCUGCUCCGAAUAAAGGUUAUGCUGAUAGGGAAUAAAGAGAAAUUGAGGAAAA